AUGGCCACCGCGAACCUACUCCUUAAGAUCCCUGAGAGCUCCAACUGCUGCUCAAUUACAGGCUCCUCCUCCUCCUCCACCACCAAGUCGAGGUUCUUUGGCAAGGGCUCGCUUUCCCACUCUUUCAGAAAGCAGACCGCCGGUGCCUGGGGCCCUGAGUUGUCUAGAAAAUUGGCUCAGUUGGUCAAGAUGGAGAAGAACUUGAUGAGAUCCAUCGAAAUCACCUCCAACGAGAGAAAGGAGACGGCCAAGCAAUUGUCGCUUUGGGGUGAGUCCAACGAUGACGACAUCUCUGACAUCACCGACAAGUUGGGUGUGUUAAUCUAUGAGAUUGGUGAGUUGGAGGACCAGUUCAUCGACAGAUACGACCAGUACAGAAUCACCUUGAAGUCCAUCAGAGACAUCGAGGGUUCCGUGCAGCCAUCCAGGGACAGAAAGCAGAAGAUCACCGACCAGAUCGCCUACUUGAAAUACAAGGACCCCCAGUCUCCUAAGAUCAACGUUUUGGAGCAGGAAUUGGUGAGAGCAGAGGCCGAGUCUCUUGUUGCUGAGGCCCAGUUGUCCAACAUCACCAGAGAAAAGUUGAAGACUGCCUUCAACUACCAGUUCGACUCCACCAGAGAGCAUGCUGAGAAGAUUGCCUUGAUUGCUGGCUACGGUAAGGCUCUCUUGGAAUUGUUGGACGAGUCCCCAGUCACUCCAGGUGAGACGAGACCUGCCUACGACGGCUACGAGGCCUCCAAGCAGAUCAUCAUUGACUGUGAGAACGCCUUGGCCAACUGGACUUUCGACACCGCCGUGGUCAAGCCCACUUUGUCUUUCGCUGCUCAUGAGGAGGACUACGACGCUGACGAAUUGGCCGAGGAGACCGAAAACUUGAAGGUUACAGAGGACGAAUGGCGCAAGGAGGGCGAACAGGCCCAGCUUGCCUAA